CACUUCAUUCUCGAGAGUCCAUCGCAUCAAGCAAAAUUAAACUUCACUCUACAGUAGCGCAUUCGGUUCUUCCGACGUCCGUAUAGAAAAGUCCUAUUUUAGCGCAAGAUAUUUGGGCUCUGUGGUGUUCACAUAUUCACAGAUUCACACGUCCACCACCCUUCUUAGCUUCAUUCCGGGAUCGCUACGGCCUCAAACAUCCACUUUCGAAAGUACCCCGUCCAGUCCAGUCAGCCAGGCCAGAUCCAACGUUUACACCAAAGGGCAGAAAAUGCUGAGAGUCUGAGACUUGGAAAAAGAGAGAGAAAAAGAGGGAGAGAAGGGCAGUAUUGUAUCACCCAAUUGAACUGCGAAGAGCGUGGGGAAGAGAGGGAGACCACAUCGAAGAAAGGGAACCUCAGAACUCCGAACUCACAACGCAAAACUCCUCACCAAAAGAGAGAGAGAAGAAUCAACAAGUCCAAACUGCAACUCCACCCUUCACUCCACAAAUCAAGAGAAGAGAAACAAGUUGAAGACGUUCUCCACUAUCACUAUCAUUAUCAUUAUCACUCUCAUCAUUAUCUUACCAUCAGGUCCACCCAGACAUCGAACACUUUAUUACUCCGUUUUGUACGCCAGGUUUCUUUUCAUAACCCUUCAUAACCAUUCCACCCGCACGCUUCCACUCUUCCUUACCGUACUACACACCCAAACAUUGCAUCGCCUACCAGGACCAGCGAGACAAGGCACAGAAGGGAAAAUAGAAGAAGAGACAAAGGCACACGCAGAACAAGAGAACAAGAAGAACAUUGUUCUUGUGUUGAAUCUCUGGACGCUUUUAUUGACUGUCUAUCUAUCUAUCGACAUUGAAGAUUAUCUAUUUACAUUAUCCUCCUCCUCCUCCUCUUCAAUCAUCUAUCUAUUCAUCUAUUUGUCUAUCUAUCUAUCAUCUACUAUCUACUAUCUACCUCCCCUCAUCAUCAUCCACGACUAAUUAGAUAAACUACUUCUCCAUCUUGGGUGGUUUUAUCUAAAUUGGAUUUUGACCACGAUUUUGAUUAUUAUCAAUAUUAUUAUUUGAUUUUAUUAUUUAUUUUAUUCACGAGCUAGCUUCCCUCCCCAUCUAGCUUCACGUAUUACUUCAUUCUACUUCAUUACACUUGCACUUAAAUUUAACUACUCUCCUCUAUUUCUCCUCUGCUCCACUCUACUCACCCACUUCGAUUACUACCUUACUACCUUACUACCUCAAAACACUCAACCCAUACCUUGACCACUUGGACACACCUUACCUCAUCCAUUCAAUCUAUUUUUCUACGGCUACGGCUACAGCUACUCUCCCCAACCCAUACACUCUCGUUAAGACUAUCCGCUUCAACCAAUACCCUUAAACUUUCCACAAACCCACCUCCACCACUCACUUUCACACAUCACCACCGCCCAACCUCCUCCCUCGUUUCUAUUCUUCUCUCCCUCCGCGCCUUUUUUUUUUUUUAAAUCUCUCCAAUCCACUCUCUCAUCCUCCCUUUUCCGACCUCCCCCAUUUCUUAUACCUCAAAGAGGUGCAUGGAAAGCGAAACGGAAAAAAAGGAAAAUCCUAGAAAAAGUUCAAACAAAAGAGUUGGCAAAUAUCCUCAAUUCUUCUGACCGACAUACAACCUAUCCACAAGUACGCAUCACGCCUCUUGCAAAGCAAAACUCCACUGCAUUUUGGAUCUUCUCUCUUCCACGAAAUAUUCUACGAGCUUCACGAUUUUUUUUUCACGUUCGCAUCCUCGAAUCUAAGCACGGAUCAGAUUCCUUCCAAAGAAGCGACAAGCACAAGCAUACAUACCUGCAGGUUCGCGUAACUGCCAACGAUCCUGUCGUGGAGCUUCAAUCGCACCUAAAUUGGAUUAACAAAGCUUCAAGUCCUUUUGUAACGACUUCUACGAGCCAAACGUCUUCUUUUUCGAGUCUUUUUUGAGGUUUUACAAGAUCGUUCUGCUUCUGCAUCUUUGGCAUAUGCAUCUUAUUUCACGAAAAAUAAACGACCUGUUACUUUCGCGCUCGUUGUAAAAGCAGUGACUGUUUUGAUUUUUCAUAUCGACGAUAGUCUGUCAAUAUACCCAAGCAUCAUUCUUCCAAUCUUGGUUCAGCAACUUUCAUCUUUCUCAAAAAAAAAAAAAAGUUACCCAUUUUACCCGCAUACACGAAUAGACCACAAGUUAAAUCUUGUUGUCUAACGUAAAAUUCUACCUUUCUUCUCGGAAGACCCUUUAUUGAGUCUGCCAGAUCAUUGUCCUUUCAGGACUUGAUCAUUCCAACCGAAAAACUGGAUCUUCCGUCGAUAUCACAAGUGCAAACCCGGGGGCCUUCCGAAGUACCAUAUUACAAUCAUCACGCCGCGCAGCGACCACUGUACGUGAAUGAAAGGUUGCCCGCUUUGCCUUUGCCGCCGCCGCAACAGGCAUAUUCGUCUGGUACUUCAUCUCCCCGGGUUGGUUCACUUAGCUCCCUUGGAUCUUCCUCAAUUUUGAACGGAGGUUCUCAUUCAUCUUACACCACAGCGAGUUCCUCAAACGGACCCAAAACCCCUUCUCCCACUCAAGCUAGCAGUGGUUUACCUGUUUCUUUACCUCAAGGAUCUUACAGUACACCACCUUCAAACCCAGCAUACUCUUACAGCCAAGAGUCAUAUCAAAACAACAUGAAUCACGGUCCGCAAGAUAUGUAUUAUCCUCCACACAUGUCGGCUGGUCAACAGCCACCACCGCAGACUGCCACAUCGGGUGCAUUGAGUCAAUAUCCUCAACAUCAGCCACCUCUACUUCAACCUGGACCUCCACAUUAUUCACCGGCACAGCAAGCACCAUACGGUCAAUACUAUGGCAAUGGACUUCAAUCUCCACAAUCGGCACAAAUUCCCGGGUCAAUGGGUGGCCAAGGCAACGUUCUACCACUUCCAGCAAUGACCACUCAACCUGGUAUGCCGAGCCAAGGUUAUGGCGGACCACAACAAUUUGACCAAACUGGCCAAGUUGCCCCACCAGGAAUGAAGCCCAGAGUGACAGCAACCCUUUGGGAAGAUGAGGGUAGUUUGUGCUUUCAAGUAGAGGCAAAAGGUGUCUGCGUGGCUAGACGUGAAGAUAAUCACAUGAUUAAUGGCACGAAAUUAUUGAAUGUUGCAGGUAUGACUCGUGGACGACGAGAUGGUAUCCUGAAAAGUGAAAAAAUGAGACACGUUGUGAAAAUUGGUCCUAUGCAUUUAAAGGGUGUUUGGAUUCCUUUUGAGCGUGCAUUGGAUUUCGCAAACAAGGAAAAGAUUACGGAAUUAUUGUAUCCUCUAUUUGUUCACAAUAUUGGCGCUCUUCUAUACCACCCAACAAAUCAGACACGAACGAAUGCAGUAAUGGCAGCCGCAGAACGUCGAAAGAAUGAGCAAAACCAAAUGCGGAAUCCACAAGCACCUGGUUUGCCUUCAUUACAUCAACAUCACCAUCACUCAAUGGCUAACUCAAUUGGCGCUCCCCUUCCAGGUCCACAGCAUUCCCUUGCUCCUCAUCCAAAUGUUGGUCGUCCUGCUCUCGAAAGAUCACACACAUUCCCCACCCCUCCCACAAGUGCAUCUAGUGUAAUGGGCAGUAUGGAUAAUUCUAACGGCAAUUUCCAGUGGCCUGGGCAAUCCAUGGGCAAUGUGCAAGGUACCAAUCCCCUGUCAAUUGACACUGGAUUAAGUAAUGCUCGCUCAAUGCCAACAACUCCAGCUACCACUCCUCCCGGAACUGCGGUUCAAUCGAUGCAACAAUAUCAACAAACUCAACAACCUUACGACUCGAGACAAAUGUACUCCCAAGCACCCCCGCCACAGAAUGCUUACGCCCAAGCUCCGCCGCCCCAACAAAGCAUGCCUCAAUACUCGCAACAGCCAAAUUCAUACAUCAAGAAUGAAAUGGGUCCACCAUUGGCGAGAGCACCAGAUGCUGAGCCCCAACAUCAUGAACCAAAGGAUUCAAACGGAAUGAUUCAUCACCAAGGAAAUGGUCAAGUUGAGGAAGAACAUGAUCAAGAUCAUGAUGGCGGUGAAUACACUCAUGACAGCCAGGGUAAUUACGAUUCAAGUCGUCGGCCAUACAAUUACUCGAAUGGCCCAGCCGUAGGAUCAAUAACAGGUGAACACACCCAUUUGUCACCAGAGAUGACUGGCUCACCAAAUAAUCCAGCUUCCGGACGAGCCACUCCUAGAACGGCGUCAGCACCACAAACAUACUAUGCUCAACAGCAAGGUGGUUACAGUACACCUCCGCGAAUCCAACCACCCUCGAGUAAUUUGUAUAAUGUAGUCAGUCAAGAACGUGGUACAGCUAAUGGCAGCACAGGUGGUGAAGUUUACGCACCACAAUCAGAUCUUGGAGCUUCAAUGUCUAAUGGUUAUGCCGGACAGCAAAACAUCAUGAAUGGUGCCCCUGGGAGUAACAAGCGUGGCAGAGAUGAUGAUGAUGAUGGUCGACCAUCGAGUAGAGGUCCAGGAAUGGCCGAUGCUGAUGGUUUGAAGAGACGGAAAACGAUCCGUGAAGGUUCGGUUUCUGGACCAUCUUACAAUCCAGGACUCAACCGAGCUCAAUCGACCAUUGCUCAAAGACGCCGGUAACUCGAAUCGAUGAUUUUGAACGCAAAUUUUUGCACUUUCUUCCAGUGAUCUGAUUUUUUCUCAUCAUGAUCUACUGUUUUUUUAUUCUUGGCUCGCGCCACAAAAGCAUUCUCGACAAUCACAAGUUCACUCUUUGAAAGAAAAUUUCCUUUUUAUCUUCACGAUUGUCUUUGUAUUCGCCGAACAUAGAUUCAGCAAAUUAUUUGAACCUGGAAUGACGACGAGUUUAUGACUGAAAUUUUUAGAUGACCCUAAUGUGGAUCAUCGAAACGGCUUUAACGAAUUUACGCUAUGCAAACAUGGGAGAGGAAAUAAUCUGUUGAGAAAUGAUCCCAAAGAUAUACACAUGCAAGCGGGAUUUAUUUACUUGGGGGUUUUCAUUUUACAAUCGAGAACAAAAAAACGAAACACGCCUAUUAAUGACACUCUAGGCGUCGACAUGAAAUAUUUGGGAUUUGGGCUUUUUGUGUUUUUCGUUCAUGGGAAAGGCUUAAAUGAUUUGUUUUCGUUCAGACGGACGACCAAAAUAAUGAAUGGGGCCAUUUUUCUAUUCGAUAUCUACAGCACCGAGGAACCUGUCUCAAUAUUUUUCUUAUGAUGUCGGGAAGGAUGAAUAGAGAAGGAAAACUGGACCACUGAACAGAUAAUAAUUUUGUUUAAUGUUUUCGGCUUUUCUUUCCUGGACCGACUUCUGGUUUCGUCGCUUUUUGUUGAGCUCUUCUUGAGCUUAACGUUUACACAUUAUUAUUAUGAUUUAUGACCAUUUCCUUACUUAUCUUGUCAGUUGUUGCAGUUGUGAGUUUUCUUGGGCUUGAUGGGGAAAGGGGAUGAAAUGGAUUCUACCAUAUGAGGAUGGUUAUCCCAAUGGAUGAAUGCCAUAUCAAUGGAAUGUGUGGAAAAGGUACGAAGCUUGAAUGUUUUGUAACUAAUUCUGAACGCAAAUGGGUUAAGGGUGAUUGGAAUGAAGGAAUGGGAAUGGUUGAAUGAUAUGACUUUAUGAUGAAGAUGGAUGGAUGGAUGGUAUGAAUGGAUGGAUGAUUGGAUGGGUUCGGGGGUAUUAUUGGAAUUCAACUGGAACUGAACUGAACAAGAUACAAAAUUUAAAAGUUGUUGAUGAUUUUUUUCCCAGAGGAAUUGUGAGAGUGUGUGAUGUG